AUGAGGACGGCUCGCGACAUCUACAAGGACGGCGUUGAUUUCGCUACUCUUGCAUUGCAAUCGUCGGACUUUGCAAAAUAUUUGAAAUCGAACAACCAGUUGGAUUUUACUGACCCAAAUGCCGUCAGACAAUUGACUAUAAGCCUACUGCAAAGGGACUUUAGCCUGAAGGUUGAUAUCCCAGAAACAAGGUUAUGCCCACCCCUGGCUGAUACUUGUAGAUUAAACUACAUCCUAUGGCUGCAAGAUCUGCUCGACACCACCGGAAAUAAAUAUCAGGAUGCCUAUGACUCCGAUAGAAAUGUUGUGGGGCUUGACAUAGGAACAGGAUGUUGCAGUAUAUACCCUCUCCUGGGUUGCACAAUACGGCCGAGGUGGCAGUUUAUUGCAACCGACAUCGACAAUGAUAACAUACGGACGUCGUCUUAUACAGUCAAAACAAACGGAUUGGAGUCACGCAUUCGGAUUGUCAAGACGAGUCCUAGUGACAAUCUUAUCUCGUUGACCGCACUUGGAGUUGAAAGGAUCGAUUUCACAAUGUGUAACCCUCCAUUCUACGCUUCUCGAGAUGAAUUGGUAGCUUCUGCUCAGGAAAAAGAGAGACCUCCAUUUUCAGCAUGCACAGGCGCGGAAAUUGAGAUGGUGACUGCAGGAGGAGAGGUUGAUUUUGUCUCUCGCAUGAUUGACGAGAGCCUUCAACUUAGACACAAGGUCUUGUGGCACUCAUCGAUGCUCGGAAAACUGAGUAGUGUUUCUGUGUUAGUCGAGAAGCUGAUUGAACUGGGAAAUUAUAACUACGCCGUAACAGAAUUCGUUCAGGGUAACAAAACCCGGCGGUGGGCUAUAGCCUGGUCAUGGACAGAUUUUCGUCCAAAAGCUAAUGUGGCCCGCGGUAUACCUGGUUUUCCAAAACACCUUCUCCCAUUUCCCUCAGAAUACACCUUUGACAUUUCUAAUAAUUUUAUCGACGAUCUCGGUAAACUUGUUGAUGAAGAGCUAUCAUCGCUCCACAUCCAGUGGGUAUGGCGCAAAGGCCUCACUACAGGUGUGGGCUUCGCGAUGGAAAAUGUCUGGUCCCGUCAGUAUAGGAGGAAGAUGAAAACUUCCCUUACUCAGGAGAAACCCAGUAUCAACGAGGGCAAGGCCGAGCUCGGGUUAAGGGUGCAGUUAAUAGUUGAUCCAAUCGAAGCAAAGACGGUCAAGGUUAUCAUACGAUGGCUCAAGGGGUCAGACUCUGUUUUGUUUGAGAGUUUCUGUGGAAUGCUCAAGAGGAAACUGGAAAGACGAUAG